CAGGCGACAAGCAGAGAGAGUGAGAUAGAGAGAGAGGUGAGAGCGGCGCGCGCUGGUGUGCUGAUGGUAGUAGCCGGUAUUUUGCUGCUCUUAGGAAUGAGUUCAAGAUUUUUUUUUUUAUUUAUGACGGCAGCUCACCCUAAAUACUUUGAGGCGCGUUACACAACGUUUUGACGUCUAAAUGACAUCGCUGUAGGUCCUCACUCCUGACACCGGUUCGGCUAAAAACUUAUCGGGUUGCGGUGAAGUAACGUUAGCUUAGCAUUUAGCAUAGCUGAGUUACAGUCCUCGGCGUUGUGCUGUGUGUGUGCGCGCGCGUGCGCUAAUUUACUUCUCAAUUAUUGACUUAACUACUGUAACGUGUUGCUCGUGUAUUCAGUUUUGCUCCUUCACUGAGAGCUAAAAGAAUAGCUAUUAGUGUGUGUGUGUGUGUGUGUGUGUUUGUGUGUGUGUGUGUUUUAAACGCCGGCCGUCCAUUAUGGAGAACGCUCACACCAAAACGGUGGAGGAGGUUUACAGCUAUUUCAGCGUGAAUGAAAGCACCGGACUCGGCCUCGACCAGGUGAAACGACAGCGAGAGAAAUGGGGUCCAAACGAACUGCCAGCAGAAGAAGGUAAAUCACUGUGGGUGCUGGUGAUCGAGCAGUUCGAGGAUCUCUUAGUCAGGAUUCUUCUUCUAGCAGCGUGUAUAUCAUUUGUACUGGCCUGGUUUGAAGAGGGAGAAGAGACCGUUACGGCUUUUGUGGAGCCUUUUGUAAUAUUGUUAAUUCUUAUAGCCAACGCCAUCGUAGGGGUUUGGCAGGAGCGAAAUGCAGAAAAUGCCAUCGAGGCCCUCAAGGAAUACGAGCCCGAGAUGGGAAAAGUGUAUCGACAGGACAGGAAGAGCGUGCAGAGGAUCAAAGCCAGAGACAUUGUUCCUGGAGAUAUUGUGGAAGUGGCCGUGGGUGACAAAGUUCCAGCCGACAUCCGCCUAACGUCUAUCAAAUCCACCACACUACGAGUGGACCAGUCCAUUCUGACAGGAGAGUCUGUAUCAGUCAUUAAACACACGGACCCAGUCCCUGACCCACGGGCUGUAAACCAGGACAAGAAGAACAUGCUGUUCUCUGGCACCAACAUUGCAGCCGGUAAGGCUGUGGGUGUCGUCGUGGCCACGGGCGUGAACACAGAAAUCGGCAAGAUCCGUGACGAGAUGGCCUCCACGGAGCAAGAACGCACGCCCCUGCAGCAAAAGCUGGAUGAGUUCGGAGAGCAGCUCUCCAAAGUCAUCUCUCUCAUCUGUAUCGCUGUGUGGAUCAUCAACAUCGGUCACUUUAACGACCCGGUGCACGGUGGCUCUUGGAUCCGCGGUGCUGUCUACUACUUCAAGAUCGCCGUGGCACUGGCCGUAGCCGCCAUCCCUGAAGGGCUUCCUGCCGUCAUUACCACCUGCCUCGCACUGGGCACUCGCCGCAUGGCCAAGAAGAAUGCCAUUGUGCGCUCACUGCCUUCGGUGGAGACGCUGGGCUGCACGUCAGUCAUCUGCUCAGACAAGACUGGCACACUGACCACCAACCAGAUGUCUGUGUGCAGGAUGUUCAUCGUCGACCAGGUGCGGGGAGACGGCUGCUCUCUCAAAGAGUUCACAGUAACUGGCUCCACAUAUGCUCCUGAAGGACAAGUGUUGCAGGAUGGGAAACCGGUGAAAUGCUCCAAGUAUGAUGCUCUGGUUGAGAUGGCCACAAUCUGUGCCCUGUGCAAUGACUCCUCUCUGGAUUAUAACGAGGCCAAAGGAGUGUACGAGAAGGUUGGAGAGGCGACAGAAACAGCUCUCACAUGCCUGGUGGAGAAGAUGAACGUGUUUGACAAUGAUCUCAAAACCCUUACCAAGAUCGAACGGGCCAACGCCUGCAACUCUGUUAUUAAGCAGUUGAUGAAGAAAGAAUUCACACUUGAGUUCUCACGGGACAGGAAGUCCAUGUCGGUGUACUGUACCCCCAACAAGGCACGCUCCGCCCUUGGCAAGAUGUUCGUCAAGGGUGCACCAGAGGGAGUGAUCGACAGGUGUACACACAUCCGUGUGGGUAGUAAUAAGGUCCCCCUGACACCGGGCAUUAAGGAGAAGAUCCUGUCUGUGAUUCGCGAGUAUGGGACAGGACGGGACACACUGCGUUGCCUGGCCUUGGCCACACGGGACAAUCCGAUCAGCAAAGAGGAGCUUCGGCUGGAGGAUUCAUCUUGCUUUGUCGAGUAUGAGACCGAUCUGACAUUCGUGGGUUGUGUGGGCAUGUUGGACCCUCCCAGGGCUGAGGUGGCCGCCUCCAUCAAGCUGUGCCGCCUGGCUGGCAUCCGGGUCAUCAUGAUCACUGGUGACAACAAGGGCACAGCCGUGGCUAUCUGCAGGCGCAUCGGUAUCUUCAACGAGAACGAUGAUGUCUCACGCAUGGCCUUCACGGGCCGCGAAUUUGACGACCUGUCGCCUGCGGCACAGCGCGAAGCUGUGCUCAGUGCCCGCUGCUUUGCCCGUGUCGAGCCUUCACAUAAAUCCAAGAUUGUGGAGUACCUGCAGUCCUAUGACGAGAUCACUGCCAUGACUGGCGAUGGUGUAAACGAUGCUCCUGCACUGAAGAAGGCAGAGAUAGGCAUUGCGAUGGGCUCAGGCACAGCUGUGGCGAAGACGGCCUCUGAGAUGGUGCUGGCUGAUGAUAACUUUGCAACCAUCGUAGCAGCCGUGGAGGAGGGGCGAGCCAUCUACAACAACAUGAAGCAGUUCAUCCGCUACCUCAUUUCCUCCAACGUGGGAGAGGUGGUCUGCAUUUUCCUGACGGCGGCUUUGGGAUUCCCUGAGGCUCUGAUCCCAGUGCAGUUGCUGUGGGUUAACCUGGUGACAGACGGUCUCCCUGCUACAGCCCUUGGCUUCAACCCUCCUGAUUUGGACAUCAUGAGUAAACCCCCCCGCAAUGCCAAGGAACCCCUCAUCUCCGGCUGGCUCUUCUUCCGAUACCUGGCUAUUGGCUGCUAUGUCGGUGCCGCCACAGUUGGAGCUGCUGCCUGGUGGUUUAUUGCUGCUGAAGACGGACCAAGAGUCAACUUCUAUCAGCUGAGUCACUUCCUCCAGUGUGGACCAGAGAACCCAGAGUUUGAGGGCAUUAAUUGUGAGGUGUUUGAGUCGCCUUACCCCAUGACCAUGGCCCUGUCUGUGCUGGUCACCAUUGAGAUGUGCAAUGCCCUCAACAGUGUGUCUGAGAACCAGUCUCUGCUGCGCAUGCCCCCAUGGGAGAACGUUUGGCUGCUGGGCGCUAUCUGCCUCUCCAUGUCACUCCAUUUCCUCAUCCUCUAUGUGGAGCCUCUGCCGAUGAUCUUUCAGAUCACCCCGCUGAACAUGACCCAGUGGCUGAUGGUGCUGAAGAUCUCGCUGCCCGUCAUCCUGCUAGACGAGGUGCUGAAAUUCACAGCCAGGAAUUACCUCGAACCCGGUAAAGAUUUGGACACGCCCACGGGAAAGUGCUCGCUCAGCGCCUGCACCGAGGGCAUCUCCUGGCCUUUCGUGGCGCUCUCACUCCCCCUGGUGCUCUGGAUCUACAGCAACGACACUAACCUGGCUGAAAUGUUCUGGUCCUGACUCAUCUGAGCACAGAAACACAAACCCCCCUUCCCCUCACUCAGUGUGUAGAUAGAAAGAAUGUGUGUGUAUGUAUGUGUGUUAAGUGUGCCUGUGCACCAGUGAAUGUGCACGAGGAGGACCGCGUUAACACGAACAUAACAAUAAUAUAAUAAAUGUAACAAAGUUCUUUUUAAAAACCAUGUCUAGCGGGUAUGGAGGGGACCACAUAGAGCUGAAGUCUUUAAGUAUUAAUGACCAUUAUUAUUAUUCCCACGUCUGGACGUUCUGCUGGUUUGGUCUUAAAACAGUCAUUUGUGUUAUUUUUGCCUUAUUUUUUUUUUUUCUUUUUAGUUUUUAAGAAUUUGCAUUUCAGACAAAGUAGAAAUACUAAAGUCAUUGUCUUGAUUUUUUGUGUCCUCCCUUUCAGUGCAUGAAGAAAAGCUCUACGAUGUGUACCAAGUUUGAACACUAUUUUAUACAACUCAUUUGUUUUUUGGUCUGUAUUAUAAGGAAUCCACUGACGUGACUUAAUGACGGGUUAAGUUUAGGCAGCCGGUUAACUUUUUUUUAAAUUAUUAUUCCUUCCUCUCCUGUAUAUUUCCAUAAAGCCAUAACACAGAGGCGAGUCAUUUUCAUUCUGGCGUAAGGAUGCAUUUGAAGUAAAAUGAGAUCAGGUAGUUUGUCACAAAUUGCACAAAUUUGUCAAAAAAAAAAAAAAAAAAAAGCCAUGUACAAGAACAGAAUCCAGUUUGAGCAUCCUACACAGCUGCCUAAACAUAGCUGGGGAGACUAGGAAAGCUGUUUACAUUUGUUUACUGUGUCCAGUGUGAAUGUUCGACUUGUUCAGAGCGGAGGCAUAGGAGUAUAGGACAUUUGGGUGGGAGUGAACGCAUCGACUAAAUCAGAUCCUGAAAUGGAAGCUGCAUGUUGUGUAUCCUGCAUGCAUUAUGUGUGGGUUUUCAUUUAUUUGUCUGUCUUCCCCUUUGUAUAAUAACCUCCAUUUUGGUGUUUUCCUUAUUAUUUUUUUUAAUACCUUAAUUAUUAAAGCCAGUUUUUCUGCACUGGGCAGAGCACAGCUACCUCAAUACAGUCUGAUUAGUUUCUCGCCUCACUGAGCUUUACACAUCCUGUGUAUGACCUUGUUGCUUUGAGGUGUGCCCCUCUUGGCUUGUGCAGAAAAAAUAUAAAUCAAAUCAUCCUGUCCCUGAUUUUUUUCCCCCCCGUUUUAAGGAUGUAUUUUCUUUUGUAUUUUAUAAUUGAUUUGACUUAUUAACUUAAUUUAGAAGUGUUUGAGGCAGGGUGGGGUGGGUGAGUCAUGGAUGUAAAUGUUGCCAUGUACGGCGUAGGUCUGAGAUGAAAAAAAUGUUAACAUGAUAGGUUUAUUAAAUAGUGCAUUUAGGACAUGGAUUUUAUGAUGCAAAACCAAAAUGUUUCACUCUCCCUUUUUUUUUCUACUUCAAGAAAAUACACUCAUGGACCAUUUGAAUUAAAAAUAGUGCGUGUCUCUUUAUUUUACUGGCUUUUUUUUUGGUUUGUUUUUACAUAGUAUAUAUAUGUAGAGUUACAGGAGCAAUUAUACUUGAAAUAAUGUAAAUACAAUAAGAAGUUAACGUUUGACCAGGCAAGCACAAACUGAAGAGCUAGCUUGUGCUACUGCAGGACCCUGUCAUUUUGUACAUAGCACAUGUACUCAAUUUACCUGUACCAAUUAACGUUUUACAUCACAGAUCGAGUGUUUAGCAAUCCCAGUCGUAAGCCUAAUCCUUGUUUGUGAAAAGCUGUCAUUAUUACAUGCCACAUGAAGCAUGUUACUGUGCCAUCUGAGUGGCACUGCCAGUGUUGGUACCUAACAACUCUGCUUUUCCCCUCUGUUAUGCCAUCAAUGGGCGUCCCCUUCACCGACUUGCGCCUUGUAAGACGUGCCCGUCUCCCUCCAGCUUGUUCUGGGGAGGAAACUGGACGCUUCUCUUUGUGCAUGUGGCAUUCCCUCCUCCAUGUUGUACGCUGCAUGAUCCUUGGUUUGACCGGCAGGAGCAGCUGUUCUUUACUGAUGGAGCAAAUGAUUAACAAAGGACAAAAGGCUGAAUGGACAACUGUGAAUUCUUUUUGCUUUGUAGAGGAGAGUGAUAAACUGUGUGCAGGCUGGGCUUCCAGCAUCCUUGCUCCUCUAUUUUGUAUGAACAAGAAAAUUGUCUACCAUUGCAUAUCAUGCUGCCUUGCAAUCAGUUUGUCAGUAUAGGUUACAUCUAAAUAUGUUAAAUUCCUUUUUUAAACUGUGUAAAAUGUCAGUUUUCUAUACAGUAUACAUAUGUAUAAUAUAUAGUAAAAUGCAUGCCUUCUGUUGUAAGUAGCUAAGCAAUUUUAUCUAUAUUUAUAUAGUAUUUGCUGUGUACAUCGGUGCUCAAUGGUAUGAUAAGAUGGACAUCAUUUUACAAAUAAACUCACCAGGUUGAUUUUA